AUGGUGCAAUUCAUCCCUGAGAUGCUCCAAGCGUCGAGCAAGGAGUGGGAUGAUUUCAUUAUCGGCCAGUUCUACGGCAGGUCGCCAACCAUGAACAAGAUUAUUGGCGUCGUCAACGCUAUAUGGGCAAGGGGCGGAGCAAGAAUCCGUGUCCAUAACAUGGGGAAAGGAACUUUCCUCUUCAAGAUCCCAAACGCUCGGCUAAAAUCAUCCAUUUUGAUGCGAAAUUUCUGGUACAUUGGAGACUGCCCGAUGUUUAUAUCUGCUUGGAAUCCUAACCAUAGGCCGGAAAAACCUGCACUGCAUUCGGUGCCUACUUGGGUGACACUCACAAAUGUGUCGGAGAAGCUGUUCGACUCAGAUAGUCUCAGCAGAAUAGCAACAUGUGUCGGUGAGCCAUUAUACUUACACCCAUUAACAGAGGCGAAAGAGGUGUUUAAUUUUGCUAAGAUCUACGUUGAGGUCAGCCUGGCAAAGCCUCCGCCGAAGAGCAUUGCAAUUACUCUUCCGGGUGAAGAGGAGAGAUUCAUCUCGGUGGCAUAUGAGUGGCUGCCACCGAGCUGUGACCACUGUCUAGAGGUGGGGCAUAAUGUAAAACAUUGCCCAAAUAUACCGACAUCCGAGGUAGGUAAUCAGCAGAAGAAAAAUAGACCCCAGUGGAAGAAAAAAAAAGCUCGAUCAGGAGAAGAAAGUAAACCCGUAAUGGGAAACAUGAAUGGCCCAGAGACAGGUAGCAGGAAUCAAGAGGACUGUGAGGGACGUGGUAAUUGCUUAAUUGAGAAGGUGGCAGAGACCAAUGUAGACAGCUCUCCAGGUAAGGAAGAGUCAUCAGUUGCGCAGAAUCUGGCUACUGUUGCAACCCCUUCGCCAGUGGGUGGUAAACCAACACAGCCUGAACAUUCCUCGGAAAUGGUUGGACAAUCUACUAAUUCUGUGGCAACCAUUCGAACAAACCCACCGGUAACCAUUCCAACAAACCCUACCAACUCACAGCGUGGGAAAGGGAUCAAGGAACCUGACGAUGGUUACACGUUGGUUUCAUGUCAAUCUAUUACUUGUGGGGUAUUUAUUCCUAGCUUACAACUGACAUUGGCAGCCACAUUUAUCUAUGCAAAGAACACGGCCUUGGAGAGAAGAGAAGUAUGGGCUGAGUUGACGGAAUUGAGUAGGCAUCAUAUGAUCAAAGACUGUGCAUGGGUAAUACUUGGGGACUUUAAUCAAAUGUUGCAUCACAAUGAGAGGUCUGACCAGCAUGUUGCCACAUCCUCACAGGGAAUGGAUGAUCUUAGAAGUUGUAUUGAGGAAACAAGACUAUUCGACAUGCCUUAUAGAGGGUUGCAAUUCACGUGGUGGAAUAAUCAUCAGCUUGAUCCGGUCGCAAUUAAACUAGAUAGGGUCCUCAUCAAUGACUAUUGGUUUGAAAGGUUUCCGGCUGCAUUUACGGAAUUUAUGACCCCAGGCCCUUCGGACCAUGCUCCGAGCAAGAUACACUUCCCUGGAAUUUCAACUCAGGUUCAGAAAUCAUUCAAGUUCUUUCCACACAUAGCACUUCACCCAAACUUCUUGCAGGUGGUUCAGGAGAGUUGGAAAUACGACUCACUCGAAGGCAAUAAACAAGAAAGGCUUAAGCAAGCGCUGAAGGGGCUAAAAAAGCCGCUAAGAGGCCUGAACAACUGA